AUGGGGAGAAAAAAGAUUCAGAUCACGAGGAUUAUGGAUGAACGUAACAGACAGGUGACAUUUACGAAGAGGAAAUUCGGGCUGAUGAAGAAGGCAUAUGAGCUGAGCGUGCUGUGUGACUGCGAGAUCGCGCUGAUCAUCUUCAACAGCACCAACAAGCUGUUCCAGUACGCCAGCACCGACAUGGACAAGGUGCUGCUCAAGUACACGGAGUACAACGAGCCGCACGAGAGCCGGACAAACUCGGACAUCGUGGAGGCCUUGAACAAGAAGGAAAACAAAGGCUGUGAAAGCCCCGAUCCCGACUCCUCUUAUGCACUCACCCCACGCACUGAAGAAAAAUACAAAAAAAUUAAUGAAGAAUUUGAUAAUAUGAUCAAGAGCCAUAAAAUUCCUGCUGUUCCACCUCCCAACUUUGAGAUGCCAGUCUCCAUCCCGGUGUCCAGCCACAAUAGUUUGGUGUACAGCAACCCUGUCAGCUCACUGGGAAACCCCAACCUUUUGCCACUGGCCCACCCUUCUCUGCAGAGGAAUAGUAUGUCUCCUGGCGUAACACAUCGACCUCCGAGUGCAGGUAACGCAGGUGGUCUGAUGGGUGGAGACCUCACCUCAGGUGCAGGCACCAGUGCAGGGAAUGGGUAUGGCAACCCCCGAAACUCACCAGGUCUGCUGGUCUCACCUGGGAACUUGAACAAGAAUAUGCAAGCCAAGUCUCCUCCCCCCAUGAAUUUAGGGAUGAAUAACCGUAAACCAGAUCUCCGAGUUCUUAUUCCACCAGGCAGCAAGAAUACGAUGCCAUCCGUGAAUCAAAGGAUAAAUAACUCCCAGUCUGCUCAGUCAUUGGCUACCCCAGUGGUUUCCGUAGCAACUCCUACUUUACCAGGACAAGGGAUGGGAGGAUAUCCAUCAGCCAUUUCAACAACAUAUGGUACCGAGUACUCUCUGAGCAGCGCAGACCUGUCCUCUCUGUCUGGCUUUAACACCGCCAGCGCACUUCAUCUGGGCUCAGUCACUGGCUGGCAACAGCAACACCUACAUAACAUGCCGCCGGCAGCCCUCAGUCAGCUGGGAGCUUGCACUAGCACUCAUUUAUCUCAGAGUUCAAAUCUCUCCCUGCCUUCUACUCAAAGCCUCAACAUCAAGUCAGAACCUGUUUCUCCUCCUAGAGACCGUACCACCACCCCUUCGAGAUACCCACCACACACGCGCCACGAGGCGGGGAGGUCUCCUGUUGACAGCUUGAGCAGCUGUAGCAGUUCCUACGACGGGAGCGACCGAGAGGAUCACCGGAACGAAUUCCACUCCCCCAUUGGACUCACCAGACCUUCGCCGGACGAAAGGGAAAGCCCCUCCGUCAAGCGCAUGCGACUCUCUGAAGGAUGGGCAACAUGA